ACGAUGUAUCGUGAAAAUAACAGUGUCGAUGAAUUAUCAAGUGACGACGAUGGGCCAUCAUUGUGUAAAGAGCGAAAGUUAGACAUUCAUGACUAUACUGAAGAGAAUUUUAAGGCAGGAAGCAAAGCUGCUCGCAUGUGGACCGAUUUCUUAGCUGAACAAAGUUUAUCCGAUACGUUUUCUGGCAAAGUUGGAGUAUUUCGAGGUGGAAACGACGUGGUAGAACGUGGUGUUGAAAGCUAUACCCUUCCAGAUGAAAGGUUGAUGGUCAGCAAUAGUGCGAUUCAUAAAGAAAGAGUAAUUUCUAUUCAUGAUUACGACUGUGAACCAUUUGAUUUUGUAGCUGAUGAGGAACAGUGCGAAAGGCAUCACAAUAAACGUGAUAGGAAGUGGUCAGGACGCGAUGAACGACAUUUUAGUGAACAAAAGAGAAAAGGAAAAAAUUCUUACAAACCUUCGGCUUCCAAGGUUCAGGCGCCGUCGAAUUGUGUGAAUAUGAAACAAAAUAAAGAUGAUAAAAAAAUUAAUGUUCUGAAACGUAAACGAAUGAGUCACAAUGCAAUUUCAUUGGUUCACAGUGAGUAUAGUCUGGAGACACUAAUGUCUGUAGAAUUUCCGGAGGAUCUCGACAUCAGUGAAUUAGCUGAACGCAUUGUAGAUGCCUUGGGCGAGCUUAAUCGGGAGUUUUUGAAAAACGUUGUAAUUGAAGUUGGAGAAGAGAUAGCACUCAGAUUGUUUGAAGGCACCCGUGAAAUUGAAGCAUCAGGUGGUAUGAUGACUGCUGAUAAAACUCGUCGGCGCACACCUGGUGGUGUUUUCAUGAAUUUAUUCAAAACAGAUCCUAAUGUAUCCCCUAGUUUAAAGGUUGGAUUUUUUCGUUAUUGGAGUGGAGAAUAG